AUGAACUUUGCUGCUUUGCUUAUCUAUGCCACAUGCUGCUUGGCUGCGACUUUGCUUCCCAAAAGGCCCACUCAGGACCAAUUUUACAACGCUCCCUCCAACUUUGAGUCCCAACCGUUGGGCACAAUCUUGAAGGUGCGAAAUGUUCCAAACCCGUUGACUAGCGUCGUUACUCCAGUCAAGGUCAAGAAUGCAUGGCAACUACUCGUCCGAUCGGAGGAUACUUUUGGCAAUCCCAAUGCAAUUGUAACCACCAUUGUUGAGCCUUUCGCAGCCGAUAAGGAGAAAGUUGUUUCCUACCAGGCUUAUGAAGAUUCUGGCAAGUUGGACUGUUCCCCUUCUUAUGCUAUUCAGUACGGCUCAGAUAUCUCCACCAUUGCUACUCAAGCGGAGAUGUAUUUCGUUGCCGCGUUGUUGGAACAGGGUUACUACGUGGUCAUACCCGACUACGAAGGUCCUAAAAGUGCAUUUACAGUUGGAGUGCAAGCAGGAAGAGCAACACUCAACUCGAUUCGCGCGGCAUUGGCAUCUCACAACACCACGGGUAUCAGUCCAGCUGCAAAAGUGGUCAUGUGGGGCUACUCCGGUGGAUCACUAGCAUCAGGUUGGGCUUCAGCGCUUCAGCCUCAGUAUGCUCCCGAGUUGGGCCCUUCAUUGCUCGGCGCGGCUCUAGGUGGGUUUGUCACCAACAUAACCGCCACCGCUGUGGCUACUGACGGGACCCCCUUUGCCGGGAUCGUGGCCAAUGCUCUCGCCGGUUUAACAAACGAGUACCUGGAAUUGAAAACGUUUCUUAACCAAAGAGUGAGCCCGUUGCUAUCGGUCGCUUUUCAAGGUAUCGACGACCAUUGCUUGGCCGACUCGCUCGUUGCUUUCUUUGGUCACAGUUUUUUCAACGGACCCGUGAAAUACUUUAGAGAUGGAUGGAAUUUGAUGGAUAUGGCACCCGCAAAAUCCAUCAUCGAAGCCAAUGGGUUGAUUUACCAGCCCAAGCAGUUUUUACCCAAGAUUCCAAUCUUUAUAUACCACGGGACCUUGGAUAGGGUUGUUCCGCUUCCAAAUUCAAAGACCACCUUUGAACAAUGGUGCAGCUGGGGACUUGAGUCUGGUGAAUUCAACGAGGACGCUUCAAAUGGACACAUUACAGAGACAAUCGUAGGUGCUCCCGCGGCACUCACCUGGAUCACAAGGAGGUUCAAUGGCGAGCAACCUGUUUCUGGGUGCAUCAAAUCAAAGCGUCUUUCCAACUUUGAGUAUCCUGGCAUUGCGCCCUCGGUGUUGGAGUACUUCAAGAGUGCAUUGAAAGCUGUCACAGGAGCCGGGUUAGGCUCAGAUUUGACAAAAGAUCAAAUCAGCUUGCCAGGUUUGUUGGCUCUACUCAAACCGACAUAA